AUAAAUCUGGUUUUACGCGUGUUGACAAGAUGCUUGUCGAAUUCUCAUACCAAAACACAAAGACUACUGUUGGCACCCGACCCGCAUUCCCCGCGUUUGUCUUCUCUUGCGUGUCUCUCUCAUCCGCAGGUCUCCCCUCCGGUGAGAGGAUGAUUGUCUGCGCGGGUAGGGACUGUCAUCCUGCCUGACCACCCGGUUUUUUGGAGAGAAGUUGGCGGAGGGAUGUUCCUGCGAUGAUGGCGUUGCAGCUCAGGAGCGGGGAUGCAGCCUAUUACCAGAGUGCGGGGUUCUGCCCAAACUACACUUCGCAGCCCGUCCGCUACGGUGACAGCAGCCAUUAUUUUGCACAAUUACCAGGUACUGAAGCCAUGAUGAAGCCUCCUUUGAGUUUGUUUAGCCAUCCCCAGCAGCCUUUCCAACACAUGGACUCCCUUCACCCUUUGGGGCCUCCGCCAAUGGCACCUACACAACCUCUUGGCUUACCACACAUUAACCCUGCUCAGGCAAUCGGACCGCCGACAAUGGGUCCUGCCCAGGGUCUAGGAGCUCACUUAACUGCCUCUCACACUUUAAGACCUCCACCUAUUACCCCACAACACACCUUGGGCCCCCCUCCGAUGCCCCCAGGGCAACCCCCAAUGGCACACACUCUCGGACCUCCACCUGGAAACCCCACUCAGGCAAUACUACGUCCCACAAUUGAUCUGACACAGCAGCUGGGGCCUCCACAUUUGACUCCCGCCCGAGCAUUGGUGCCCCCGACUGUAGUGACGCAAGCGGCCGGACGAUUUUCCCUUCCUCCAAGCUCUUUAUCAUCAACUCCUACUCCAAGCCCUGGGGCUUCCCAGAUGCUCCCAAGGCCGCCAGGACCAGCCUUAAUCCCAGCCCCAGUGUCCAGGCCUGCAUGCGGUCCACCACCAGCUCAGGCAGCCCCACCCAGUGAGCUGGACAUUGAUGAGGGUUCAUCAGUGGGGAUGGAGGAGCAAGAAGACUCUAUGGGCUUGGAAGAACUUUGUAAACCACUGUAUUGUAAACUCUGCAACGUUACACUCAACUCUGCACAGCAGGCACAGGCUCACUACCAGGGAAAGAACCACAGUAAAAAGUUACGAAACUUCUACGCUGGUAGUAAACAGCCGCCAGCAAUCAGAAUCCCAGAAGCCCUUGAAGGUGUGGGUCAGACGGGGUUCGUCUUAGGAUCCGGAGAUGCUGAUGCUGGAAAGCAAGGGCUGUAUAAGGGGGCACCCCGAGUCAUCUUGGCUACAGAAAACGACUAUUGCAAACUGUGUGACGCCUCCUUCAGCUCCCUGGCAGUCGCACAGGCUCACUACCAAGGCAAGAACCAUGCAAAGAGGCUACGACUGGCCGAGGCCCAACAGAACUCUAACAACAUAGAAAGCAGCACUGAGACAGUCCCAAGAAGAAACCGAAAAGAUGGCAGUGAAUACAGACUGGUGAAAAACCGCCGCAGUCCUCAGAUGGCUGCUACCAUGCAAGGGCCGUACUACAACCCUCGGCCGAGGCAGCGCAUCCCCAGAGACUUGGCCAUGUGCGUGACUCCCAGCGGACAGUUCUACUGCUCUAUGUGCAACUGUGGCGCUGAACAGGAGACAGACUUCAGGCAACAUCUGGAGAGCAAACAGCACAAAGCCAAAGUGUCAGAGUUACGCUAUCGCAACGAGAUGGAGAACCUCGGCUACAGCUAAAGGGAGGGGAGGGGGAGAGGAAUAAAGGAAGAGGUACGAGACACAAACCCCUGCCUUGUGUUUGAGUGGCAUAUUUAGCUGGAGCCAUCAGCCUCAACAGACACCGGGUCUUGUUGCAACUCAUUUGAUUUAUGGCUGAGACAUUAAAACCUGACAGGUGCACAUAUUAAUGGAUGGCUUCCGCUCGAAGGGUAGAUCAGCUGUCCACUCAGUGCCAGAUCGACAGUUUGAUCUCCUGCCCUUCCUCUGCACAUCAGAGAUGGGUAAAUUCAGCUCCACCAUUGGGAACUUUAAUUGGAUAAUAUGGUCGGCAUUAUGGUUAUUUGGUCAGUGAGCAACAUACAUAGGGAACAAAUGCAAUGAACACAUUGCUUAAGAAAGAAGAACAUCUUUCCUUCUACUUUUUCUGGGUCAUUCUCAGUUUGAUUUUCAUUCUGACUCAGGAUACAAGUGAAUGUAAAUGAGACGCUUGUCGGAGCUUGUGAUUUGGGGGGGGGGGGGG